UACGGUUACACUUUCGUCCUCUGCUCAAAUGUGUCCUCGACGUACCGCUGACAGCGUUAUGAAAGGACUUAUUCGGGUUGUAGAAACUUCAUUUCGGCGUCUGAACGGACAGAUUGAGAGAGAAUAAACAAGGGAACGUAACGAUCCACUGAUUCAACACAGACAGGAUGGCGUCCCCUUCGCCCCACGACCGCAGCCGUAAAGACGAUGACGAGGACGACCCUGUUGAUCGGAUGAUAUCCCGCACUGGCUGUGCCGAGCUACAUUACGCCGUGCAGGAGUGCAUGGCUGAGCACCAGGACUGGCGAGCGUGCCAGAGCCAGGUGCAGACUUUCAAAGACUGUAUGAUGAAUUUCCAAAAUGCCCGGAAAGAACAGCUGAUGAAGAGGCAGCCAACUUCCACUGAGUCUGCAGCCAGCUGAACUGACAACACAUCACACACACACAUCAAACACACAUACACACACACUGGGAUGUGUUGAGGACCUGCUUGACAUGCUUGAGGUGGAGAGACUGUACAUAAUUUAAUUAUUUGUAAUGAUAAUAAACAAGAACAAGCAGCUACAAAA